AUGAAGAACCCUUUCUUAAUCGUAGAAGACCCCAUCCGGCCUGUCCCCAAAGCUGCAUACGGAUGGCGUAUCUACACUCUUGCCAUCUCGGCUUCGUGGGCGACCGCCAUGAACGGCUACGACGUGGCCUUCAUCGGCGGCACCCUGGCCCUGCCCUCGUUCCAGCAGGAGUACGGCUUUAAGCAAGGCACCGAAGCCUACACCUCGUUUUCGUCCAACCUCAUAUCCAUUUUCGUAGGAGGCUGUUUCUUUGGCGGACUGAUAGGGUACUACUUCUCCGAAGUAUACGGUAGAAAGAAGCAGCUUAUUGGGUCGGGGAUGGUGUUUGCUGUGGGUGCCACGAUGCAGGUAUUGAAUGGCGGGAAACUGAGUCUCUUGUAUAUCGGCCGUGUUGCGACUGGGUUAGGGGUCGGCGCAUCUGCUAUGUGCGCCCCGAUCUACAUCGCUGAGUCUUCUCCGCCGCCAAUACGCGGUCGACUUGUUGGGAUAUUCGAUAUAUGUCUGGAGAUGUUUGCUUGUAUUGGGUUCUGGAUUAACUACGGCGUCGAAAGGACUAUACCACCAUCGAGGAAACAGUGCCAGGUCCCGUUUGCGGUUCAACUGAUCCCUGCAGGCCUUCUGUUGGUGUCGAUGCCAUUUAUGAAAGAGUCGCCCAGGUGGUUGGCGAGGCAGGGACGCGUUGAAGAAGCCAGGAAGGUUUUGUCUUAUGUUUACCAUUUGCCAGAAGACCAUCCGUAUGUCCAGAUGGAGAUUGGAGAGAUGCAGGCUCAUAUUGAUAGAGAAGCUCAAAUGUUCGGUAGAAGUUUCUGGAAAAGCACAUGGAAAGAAGCUGCCAAGGCUGGGAUCCGCAACCGCAUUAUUCUGGCAGUUUGCCUGAAGGUGCUGAUGAGUUUUACCGGGGUACAGGCUAUCAACUACUACAGCCCCCGCGUAUUCCAGUCGAUCGGACUCAGGGGUACAUCAACACAACUCUUGGUUACUGGGUUUUACGGCCAAGUCAAAUUCUUCUCCGCACUCGCAGCUAUUGUGUUUGCCAUCGACUCGCUCGGGCGACGACCACUCUUGAUUUUCGGCUCCGUCGGAUGCCUCAUCCCAAUGUUCUACCUCGGCACAUACAGCAAGAUUAGCAACUCAUUCAACAGCAGCAUGAACGAGCCAGAUACCGGCGGCUACGUAGCAGUCGUCAUGACCUUCCUAUUCGCCAUCUCCUUCGCGGUAUCCUGGUUGAGUCCUCCGCGCGUCUUCGCGUCCGAGAUCUUCCCUAACAGAGUCCGCAGUCUGGGUUUCGCGGUAUCCAUGAGUGCCUCGUGGAUCGCACAAUUUAUAGUAGUGUAUUCAGCCCCCUAUAUGAUUGCUCGUAUCCAGUUUGGUAUGUUCUUUUUCUACGGUAGCUGCACCACCUUCGCAGUGAUGUUCGUUUAUCUCUUCGUGCCGGAGACUAAGGGCGUUUCGAUGGAACAUAUGGAUUUCAUUUUCAAUGGCAGUGUCUGGGGCCUCAAGGCUAGGAGGGAUGCGGAGGAGAAGAUUGCGCAGCAUGAGGCGAUCAUUAUGGGUAUCGAUGCGGGAAUUGGCACGUCGGAGGAUAAAGAAAGUGUUUAG